CUAGUUUCCACGCAUGCCCACUAAAAGAAAUAACGUCGCCUUGAUAUGACGUGCAAUAGAGUUGUGCGUGACAUUGGUGUGGUGUGAAUGAUCUAAACAGGUCAAUAUGGCCUUGUCGUUAUCUGGGAUGAUUCUGCCCAAGCUGAUACAGCAAAGAGCUUUCAGCGUCUCUGCAACUGUGGCUGCUAUUCAGAAGUUAACUCGAGUGAGAGUGGUCGAUAACAGCGCUCUUGGAAAUGCCCAGCACCACCGUCCACCAAAAGUUAUUCACGUUUACACCAAGAAUGGAGUCGGUAAAGUGGGAGACAAAGUCUUACUGGCUAUUAAAGGACAGAAGAAAAAAGCUCUCAUAGUGGGUCAAAAGAUGCCUGGAGCACGUAUGACACCACGUUUUGACUCAAAUAAUGUUGUUUUAAUUGAAGAUAAUGGAAACCCCACUGGGACUAGAAUCAAAGCUCCUUUACCGACACAUCUGCGCAAAAUGGAGGGGGAAUAUUCGAAACUGAUAGCCAUUGCUCAACGAUUAGUGUAGCUCCUUGUUUCUGUAUUUUGGCAAAUCCCUAAUGUACCUUUUUCUAUCAUAAUUUUUUGUCUGUAAUAUAACAAGACUUGUACUUUGCCCAUCAAGAAGUCUGCUAAUGUGACUGUUUAAAAUAAAAUGAUUACAGUA